AUGUCCCACGCGAUGCCUGCACUAUCUUUUAAGGUUAGCGAAGAUGGCGAAGCCUUAGUUGCCAGCGAGAUCCAGUGCGUGACUUAUAGUAAACGGUGUUUUCUUGUCACUCCGCGUCUAUUUCUCUACCUAGCCAUGAUUCUCAUCAUUCUCGGCCUUUCCAUUAUCUUACUCCGUGCCCGAGGGAAUCUCUGUUAUUAUGUGCUACCCGUCUGGCUUAAUGAAAUCAAGUCUAUGUGCGUUGCGUCGCAAGAAGAAGUUUGCUCAAUGGGCUGUUUUUUCCGACGUACAUGUGAACUACUAGCUCUCAGCGAUAUGCUACGAUCGCGCUGUUGUAGUGGGGUCCAGGUCAAAUUCGGGCGACCUGUAUCCUGCCGCCGCAAGGGGCACGAAUUACUUUCUCUUUAUUUUGGUAUUUGGCGAUGUGCAAGCCGACAACGUGGAAAGAUACUGUACUGGCUGCGUUUUGAAACAUCGAGAACGGCUUCAACAUUGACUUUUACCUGUAUGGGACUUUCACGGAGCUCACUGCUUGCGCCUCUAGAUGAUUAA